AUGAUGGAUGUAAUGAAUUAUAUGUCCAGUUAUUGGACAACUAUGCAAAGCACGUGGACAUUAAGUCCCUAUGUGUUCAAAGAGUUGGAUCGUAAAUACAAUAAAAAUACAAAAAUCAGACUUUUAAAAGAAACGGAUUCAGAUUUAGAAGCCGACCUCACAGGUAAAGUAUGUGUUAUUACUGGAGGCAGCCGUGGUCUCGGUGUCGAAGUAGUCAAGACAUUAUUGCGUAAGGGAUGUCAUGUGAUCACUGGAUCGUCAAAGACAAGUGAAUCGGAGCGUAACAAACGGUACGAACAGAUUAUGUCUGAAGUGAAUACAGAUAGCAGAGGACGACUAGAUAUCUGGCACUUAGAUCUUAAAUCAAUGGAUUCAGUCGUCAAGUUUGCCAAACAAUUUGAAGAAAGUAAGCUUUCACUCAACUAUUUCAUUGCAAACGCUGGUGUUGUAAAUACAACUAUGAAAUUAACCGACGAUGGCUUUGAAGAUCAUAUUGCUGUCAAUUAUCUGAGUCAUUGUCUACUUAUAGAUCAUUUUAUUGAUAACAUGUACCGAACAGCCAAACAAUCUGGUAGUGAAUCUCGUAUAGUAAUGGUAUCCUCUGGUGCACACCGGGCGGUGUCCAAUCUUAACGUUAUUGAAACUAAUAAUACUAAGAAUAUGCCUAUCAUUGCCUACAGUAUAUCAAAGUUGUAUCAAAUUAUGUUUACCAAUCGUAUGACUAAAUGGUUAGCUAAUAAAGGAGAUGAUUGGCGGUCACGGAUUACUUUCAAUAGUUUACAUCCGGGUAUGUGUGACACUCAGCUAUUAGACCACUUUCCUAUGAUUGAAGUCUUAAGACCUAUGGCUGCACAAGCAUGUCGGACUCCUAAAGAAGGUGCAGAAACAACAAUAUAUGCGAUACUGUCUAAGGAAAUGAUGGGAAUUAGUGGCAAAUAUCUGGAGGACUCGGCUCAGGAACAGCCAUCAGUCGAUGCAAUCAAUAUUAGCCUACAAAACAAGUUGUGGUAA